AUGGAUAGGUGUAUCAGAUGGAAGGUAUCGAUAGCGACCUCAACGAUGCAGACGAAUGCCUGCAUCUCUUCAGGAUGUGAUGAUAGCGACUGGGCGCUUGGAUCAAGAAGGCUAGUGUACAUGUCUUACUUAGACCCAGAACGGACCGUCGUAGGGCGAGCUACGGCGAACAAAAGCAAAGACUGCAACAGCAACGACGACUCUGCAUCCUUUUUCCCUUCCAAAGCAACCAUGAAACUUCUCGCACUUGCUAUGUCCAUGGCACUGUCUCUCACAGCCGCCCAGCUCACUGAGCUAUACUGCGACUACGGCUCUGGGGGCAACGGUGAUUGCGAAAGGGAUGGCAAGUACACAUAUUGCGUAAGUGCAGUCCACAAGGCAGUAUGA